UUGGAUAUGGAGAACAUUAGGUAAGUUGUUGAUAGUAGUAAAUUGCUUAUUAAGAUUUUAGACUAUGCAUUUUUUUAUGUUAACUUUAUAUUCUCUAAUUUCAUCCUUACCACAUUCCCACACUCUCUCUUCUCUCCACAGAUCCACAACCCCUUCCAAUCACCACCUCUCCAUCUCUCAUGCUCUAACAAAUAUAGGAAGACUUAAGAAUGUCGUGGAAAAUAUUAGUGUUAUUAGUAGCAAUUAUACAGUUGUGAAGAGCCUUGUUUUGGUUUGGAUGAAUGCAAGGGUAUUAUGAGCAGGCGGGAAGGUGACUACAGUGUGAUAGUUCGUGCAAGACUUGCUCUGAUGGAGAUAGUUGAGAGAUGUGUGAGGAGUUUAUGUAUAGGAGUGAAGUUACGGGGUUUUGAGAGAUUUGUGAUGGUGGGAGGUAUUUUUAGUCAGGAAAAGUUAAGUUGUCAACCAUGAGAGGACUCUUGUUCUGGAGAGUGCAAGUAUAGGCUUGAGUGUCUCAUGUGUCCUCCAGAUUUGUUAUUUGAUUUGGAAACAUUAACUUGUGUGAAUUCUUGUGGUCCUCAGAAGAUUGAACUUAUCUCUCAAAAUCUAACAUUUAAAGCAGUUUGAAAGAAUCCAGAAAUAUACAUUGAUGCAUUCAGUAGUGAAAAAAUUGAACUUGGGACGCUAAAAUACCCAUACAGAAACUUAAAAUCAGCAGCUAUUGAGAUUCUUCAACACCAUAGUCAUACAAAUAGAAGCCUAACAAUUUAUACUAAAGAGGCAUACCUUGAAAUUGAUACGUUCCGUAUAAUGAACAUGACAUUAGUUAAAAUUGAAAAUCAUCCAGAUUACAAACUAAUUGGCAAGAAUCCUCCCAUUAUAAUUACCAAAGAUGUCCAAGAAGGAAUUUCUAAAAAGAGCCGUUUGCAUCUUCUUAACAAUACAAACCUAGACCCCACCUCAGUCAUCAAUACUGGAAGCUACACAGAUUUAGAGCAAUCAUAUUUCACGAGGCCAGGAUCAGGAUUCAUUAUCUCCCGUACAAACUUCCAUAUCUCUAACAUUGACAUCUACAGUUUGGACAAGUGCAAAAACAUUCUUCCCAUAUACCUCCAAGAGAAAGAGGUCAGACUAGAAAAUAUGUACUGGAAUAGCUCAGGUGAUGGGAUAUAUCCCUUAGAGCCACUGAAUGUUCAUCUUGAAAAUAUAACUGCAGAUCUAGACGAUAAUUUUCUAUUAAUGCUAACAGUUGAAGCUAACUGUAAUUAUCCUGAAGCCAACAUAAAGAAUACUUUUUAUGCCAAGAACAUAUCUGAUUCUUCUUCCUUGAAUAUUGCUGGUUUUGGAACAAUGAUUUACAUCACUUUUCCAGGAAAUAAUACAUUCGAUAGUUUUGAUUGUAGGAGACAAUCAACAAAUCCUCAAAAAUUAGCAGCUUGCUGGAUAAUGGCUAUCUUUCCAAAUUGUGUUCCUUAUGACGACCUCUACGCAGAGACAAUUUACAACAACACAUUACAUGACGGAAGUACGAUUCAAGAGCAGAAUGGGUUCACUUAUUUGCCUUCAUUCCUCAGCCAUAUUGCUCCAUACAGGAGGUACUCAAUCAAGCUUGAGAACAACUAUAUUUCAAAUAUGAGCUGGAAGGAGUCAUUCGGAAUCUUUUAUUUCUGGCUAAGUGGCACUGAAAAGGUCUUCAUGAAGAAUAUGGUCUUUACUAAUAUCACUCAUGUCCCCUUUAUUUUCCAGAUUCUUAACUACGCCAACUGUAAUGUUGAUGGUUUACACUUUGAGAAGGAUAUUAACCUUAAAUCAAAGAUGUUUGAAAUUGUAUCAGGAGGGAAUAUCAGCAUUAACAAUCUCUAUCUGACUAACUUUACCAAUUUUGGUGCUAAUCCAGUCUCUCCAAUAGAAAUAAAAUCAGGCCCAGCUUCAAAUAUCUUACUGAGAGGGAUCUACAUGAACUCUGUUGAAUUGUUUGAUUUUCCACUGCUAAAUAUACCAACUGUAGCAAACCAGGUUAUUAUUACAGAUUUGUAUCUUGAUGGAGUUAGGUUUGCAACUGAAGAAUCUCUCUUUUAUAUCCAAACUGUCAACUCAUUUUCAAUGUCAAAUUUGACUGUGAGGAAUACCACUCCAACCGAUCCAUUAGAUAAUAAGUCAGUAUUGUUGAAUAUUGCAACGCUAGAUAUUGAGGGAAUGAAGACUGCUGAUUUCUAUGAUAUUAGAAUUAAAAAUUCAUCUGUCUCAUUGUUCAAAAUAAAUACUUUUGUGAAUCAAGUUGAUACACAAAUUCCAAUCAAUAUUCUGUCUAUCAAAUACUUUGAUAGUUUGAUAAGAGCAGAUAGAGCUUUAAUAUCUACACAAAGAAUCUCAGUUAAUAACACUCUUCCUAUUUACUUAUCUGAUUUGGAAUUUGAUGGCAUUGAGUUUAUGAAUUCUGGGGUCUUGCUUGAAAUAAUGCAUCAAUUACCUAACACAAUCCAAUUAUCAGAGUCAAUCUUUAACAAUAUUAUAUCCGGGUUGAUCAAGAUUGAAGGAAGUAGAAGUGGUGGCUUAAAGACUAUGCUAUCAAUGAAUAACAGUGUGUUUUCAAAUAUUCAGACCCCCGUAAAUGCCUUUUUCACUAUUAGUCAGAGUUCAAUAACGAAUGCAAAGAACAACUCUUUUACCAACUUCACAUCUACUACUUUUAUCUCUGGUAUAAUGAACGUAUUUGAUGGUGCAAAUGUCACUAUUGUUGACUCUAAUUUCACUAAAAAUUCUGCCAAAACAGCUGCCAUCGCAAAAGUUGAGACAAAAGCAGUCCUUAAGUUUGACAAUUGAGACAUCUAUGAAAACUUUGCUAUAACUAAUGGAGUGUUUGAGGCAGCUUCUUAUGGGUUAAUUGUAAUCGAAAAUAGCAGUAUCUAUAGAAACUAUGCUAUCCAAUAUCCUAUUGGGAGCAUAAUUCUUAGCGUAUACCCUUGCAAAAUUACUAGAACUGAUAUAUACAGUAAUGAGAUGAUAAGUAAAUCUACCAUUUUUAAUGAAACAUCUGAAGAUUGAGAAAAGUUAUGAUUCUUACACCAACAAAUGAAAGACUAUUUAUUGGGAGACAAUUUGGAUUCAAUAGAAGAAAUAGAAUAUUUAUUCCAAGUCUUGCAAGGAAAUUUAGUCAUAAAAGAUUCAGCUCACAUCAGCAAUGAAACUCUUAUACUGAGUGCUUUUAUGUCUUCUGUAUCUAUUGAAAAUGCGAUAAUUUCAGAUAUUAAAUCCGAAAUUUCCUCUUUUAAAAUUCUUGAUUCUAACUUCACAAUGAAGCACACAGUAAUUGAAAACAUAAGAGCUAUUUCUUCUAGAGAGAGCUUCAUACUAUCUAAUUCUGCUUCUAUGGAAAUGCUCAAUAUGACUUACAGGAAUUCAAAUUCUCAAAUGUUGAUUGCUCUGAGUUCAGUUCUUGAAUUAAAGGAUGUAAAUUUUGAUGCAAUUUCUGACUGAUCUUACUUAAUAUCAACUCUUCUUUGUGAAUCAUUUCAACUUAGAAAUAUGACAGUUGAGAGAUCUAAUCCGACACAGUCUGUCAUGGUUCAGAUACAGGACACUUUAGGAAUAACUUUGGAGCAAAUAAAAUUGGCAGACCUCAACUUAACAUUUGUAUCAGCCAUAGACUCCCAGAUAGAUGUUAUAACAGAUAUAAGGAUAUCCAAUCUUAGUCAAUGUUUUAUUUUUACAAAGACAAAUAUUAGCUUGCUCUCAGACUCUGAGUUCGUGGAUAACUAUUCUAAAGGCCCUGGAGGAGCUAUUUUGAUGACAGACUCUAAACUUAAGAUUAAGAAUACAACUUUCCAUAACAAUUCUGCAGAUGAAGGAGGUGCUAUUAUGUUUGGAUGCACUCAAAAUGAUAUUUGAGAGCUUGACAUUAAACAAUCACUGUUUCGAGAGAACUCAGCUACAACUAAAGGAGGAGCCAUUUCGUAUAACUAUAACCCUCCUACAAUAGGUGAUACUAUUUUUGGGAAUAAUUCUGCUACCUAUGGAGAAAAUUAUGCUAGUUAUCCUGCAAGAAUUGGAUAUGUUAACAGCACUGUGGAUGAAGAAAUCAUUAUCGAAGAUAUUGGACCUGGGUUACCGAUUACUAUUGAUCUCAAGCUUGCUUUAAUAGAUAUUGAUGGCCAAGUUAUUUCCAAUGAUAAUACAAGCCAGAUCUUGAUUCUCCCAAAAGAUUUCUCUAAUUCAGCUAUUAGUGGUACAAAUGUUGCUCAAGUUGAGAAUGGAAUUGCACAAUUUAAUAAUAUUACUUUUGAAGUUGACAGAAAAUAUAAAACCUUUAAUUUCUCUAUCAGCUCAACAUCUAUUAAUUCUGAUAAAAUAACUAAAAUAAGUAACAAACUCGAACAGAAAGAUCUCUUGGCUAAAUUCAGAGAUUGAAAACCAGGAGAGAGGAUUUAUGGUAAAAGAUGUGAAGUUUGUGCAGCAGGAACAUAUUCGUUAAACUACAACGCAACAGAAUGAGCUCAAUGAAGCCUUGAAGCAGAAUGACUUGGAGGAGCACAAAUAUUUUUGAGGCCAGGAUAUUGGAGGAGAUAUCACAACUCCACUAAAAUUGUUGAAUGAAUUGAUAAAGAGGCGUGAAAGGGAGAAUACAAUUCUACUGGAUCCUCACCAUCUGUCUGAGCAGAAGGGUAUACAGGAGACUUAUGAGGCCAAUGAUCAGUAAAUAGCACUGUUAAAUAUGAGAGAGUUAAUGAUUUUCAAUGAAGAAAGUGCCCAGAUCCUGUAUGGAAUGGCUUUCGAGUAGUCGGACUAUUUCUAAUAGUCCUCGCUUUUUAUGUAUUUAUGGUCAUUAUCAAUGUAAGAAAGACCAGUGAAAGUGAACUAUCAAUACUGUUGAGAAUUUUUACUAAUUAUAUUCAACUGAUCACAGUAUCUACUUCAAUGACGAACAAUUAUCCAUCCACUUUCAUCGCUUUAUCUUAUGCAAUCAGACUAUUUGGAGCUUCUUCUGAAGCUCUAUUAUCAUUCGAUUGUUUCAUUAGAGAUACAGAUAUAAAAUUUAUCUUUGACUCAAAUGCCAUUUUCAAACUCUUCUUACUCUGACUCUUGCCUGCAAUUCUUUUUCUAGGGUUUGCAUUGAUGUGGAUAGUAGUAAACCUGGUUAAAAGCAGCUGGAUCAGUGACCUUCGAAGGAAUAUCAUAAUCUCAUUUAUCACCAUUGUCUUCAUAUUGCAUCCAAAAUUAACCGAAAAUAGUAUUAGACUCUUCAGUUGAACCAAUCUCGAUGACGAGAGCAAAGUUAUGAAAAUUGACACAAAUAUUGAAUGAUUCUCUUCAACUCAUGUCAUCUGGGUAAUUUUUGUUGCAACCCCUAUUCUGGUAAUCUGGGUAUUAGCUUGCCCAAUUAUUGCAAUAUCUAUGAUUUAUUAUAGUAGGAGAAGGCAAGAAAGCAGCAAGAUGGCUGAAUAUUUUAUCAUAAUCUCACAAGGAUUUAAGCCAAAUGCUGUAUAUUGGGAAUUCAUAAACACUUUAAGAAAGAUUAUAAUCCUAUUUUCAUUACUGUUCUCUCUAACUGUUGGGACCAUUAUAUCUUUAUCAAUGCUAAUCAUUACAGCAAGAAUAGAGAUAUGGAUUAAGCCAUAUAAGAACAAUGAGCAUUGUAAGUGUGAGCUCUUAGCAAUAAUGGCUGGGAUAUCAACCAUAACUGGAGCACUUAUAUUCACACAGCAGAAUCAUAGCCCAAAUCUUGAUAGAUGUGUGCUAAUAAUCAUAGUAUUGGCCAAUAUUAAGUUUAUCAUUGAAUGGGUUUAUCUUUUGAUAGGCGUUUAUACUGAAAAUAAUAAGUUCUGAUCUAUUGCAUUCAGUUUUCUCACAAAACUAUUGUGAAAGAGCAAAAGGUUGCAGCCCACUGAGAAUAAGAUUGAUACUAAACAAGUGACUCAAAAGUGUUUGAAGAGAGAAUCAGUCCAAUCAGUCCAAUCUCCUAUGUCUCAGCCAAGAGUUCACAAGAAGUUAUUGAAAGGGUCAAAGAAAGUGAAGUAUAGGAGAAGAAAACAGAAAAAGAAACCUCAAAUAGAGACUGAUGAAAUACAAUCUGACGAUAGGCUUCAGAGGUAAGAUUUAUUUAUAAUCUUUAGAGAGGAAAAUAAAGGUAAGUCAGAGAGUAUCAGGAGCAUAUUUAUCAUUCACCUUUGAUUAAGUAAAGAAAGAACUUGCCCUCUAGAAUUCAUCACAAGUCAAUUUAGGGAUUAUUUUACUCAAAUAUCUGAAAAAUAUCAAACUUUCUCUUUAUUGUUAAUAUGUAUUGAAGUCAUUUUUCGUGAAAAGUAGUCUUACUUGAUUAAUAAAGCUUUGAAGAGCAUUAAGUUUAUUAUUUAAAAACAAUAUCAUAAAAUAUCAAAAUUUCUUAAUAUAAUAACUACCUACAAAACUGUACAUUCAAAUCGAUCACCCUCCACCUUCACAAUCUUGGACACUCCUAACCCCCUAUAGAAUCCGAAGGAAGGUACUACGCAUACAAAAUUAUGAGAGUCGUUGACAGAAAGCAAAGUCUGAAAAGCAACUCAGAAUCUCCCCAAUCACAACAUGAAGAAAAUCACGAAUCUUAACCCAUAAUUUAACCCUCAAAA